AUGGAGCUCUAUAAUGGGCCUUAUUGGGCCAUAAUGCCACCGUUUCAAGCCGGGCACGUAUUUUGGUAUGAUGUAUGGACAGAUCUGGGAGUACUAUUGGACUAUAUUGGUCUUGAUGGACUGAAACUAGCUCGUUUACACAAAUCUGCAACAGUUUCAGAUGUUGUUGAGGGAGAUGGCUGGAAACUUCCUCCAGCAAGAAGCCCACGUAUCCAAGAACUUCACAUUGCCUUAGCCGGAAAAGAAGCGGCAAAGCAGUCCCAUGGAGCAGAUUGCUAUCUCUGGAAAUGUGCGGACUCCAAGUUCACCAAGUCUUUCUCAACGAAAUCAACUUGGAAGCUACUCAGAUUACGAUCUCCUAAGGUCCACUGGUACAACCUGGUAUGGUUUAAGCAAAGCUUUCCUCGAUAUGCUUUCCUACUUUGGCAGGUGCAUCAUCUCUUCGGAAGUAUGGAGAACCUUUACCCGACGAAUCUGGACUUUACCACCAUCUGA